CCUGUCUGGUGAAAAGAUGCGGCCUGCUCACUCCUCAGGUUAAGGAGGAGACCUGAGCUCAGUGCGGAGCCCACCAGGGGUUGGUAGAGGAUGGCAAUGCCCAGGACUGUUAGGAAAACGAACGGUGAUAUCCCAAGGGGCCAAAGAGAUCCUCAAGGGGUUCUACGAGAAGGGAAUGAACCAUGUUGGCUCACCCCUGAUCAGUGAGGCCUCAACCAAAUUGCUGUUAAGCAAAAAUAUCAUAGAGAAUUGGAUCGGAAACUACAGGAGGACCCUCCAUUCCACCCAGUCAUCAAAUCCACCAAAGCCAAAACUGCUGGUUAGAGAGUUGUCUGGAUACAACCUCUUCUGCAGAAAUGUUAUGAAAAAGACCAGGGGUGAAAUUAAAGACCUGAGUGCCUGGUCCCGCUUGCCUGUGGAAGAGAAGGCAUGCUAUAAUGAAGAGGCAGCUGCUCUAAAGGCUGAAAGAAGUGCAGAAGCCCUCAGUCCUGAGAUGAGGGAACUAAAGAUCUCCAGGCAUUUAAAUCAAAUCAAGAAAGAGGUGACCAUGUUGGAGACGCUAGGGGUGGAAGUCGUCACACUGGCGUUCAACCGCUUCAGUAUGGACCCAAACAUAAAAGUGCAGCAUAUUGGUAGCAGGAAGGCGGAACCCUUUCUUAAUGAUGCCUCUAUCAGAGCGUUUGGGAUUUUCUUAGCUGACACGUCAUCUGCAGCCACUGCAGCAUCAUCUAGAGAAGAUGAAAAAAAAGACUUGAUGAAGAAGGUGCAAGAACUCUUCAACAAGAAAUAUAACGAGGCAGGUGGGACUGGGAAACUUCCCUACAAGAAGGCGAUCGUGCAGGCUACUGGUCUUCCCCAAGGAAUGACAUUGCGAAAGCCCAACUUUUAUGGGAAAGACCAGCUCAAGGCAAUCCUGGAAAAUGCACACCAGAUUUCGCUUCAAAUAAGAAAAGAGUUGGAUCCAGAAGGCCUGUCACCCUCUCCAGGUCGUCCUCAGACAAGCCUUCCAGUCAUCCCGUUUCUCCAUACAUCCGGCCAGCUCGCUGGUGCUUUGUCCUCCCAAUCCCUUACACAAGGUCCAGAAAGCCAGUCACCCCAAUCCCUUACACAAGUGAAGAAAAAGAAAAAAGGAGGAAGUAGGAAACGGAAGGCUGUAGUGGAGCUAUCUCAAGUUGAAGAUGACGCCAUUGUGAACGACCCUACCAAAAUAUUUAUGGCCAUGAUGGAAGAUGGUUCAGGCCCCAGCAGCCGACAGCCCCCAGAUGAUGAGAACAAUAAUUCUGACGAUGGUACAGAGGACAGGAGUCAACAGCACGCUGACACCAAGGAGGCUGUUGGAGAUAACCUGUGCAACAUCUGUGGAUGUGAUUGGGAGGAUGCUGACAAGAACCUGUACAAGAAGUGGCGUGCCUGGUCCCAAUGCACUUUCUGCAACGGGUGGUAUCACACUGCAUGUAGCUUUAAGAAUCAAAAGUGUGUUCAUUGCAGGGAAGGGUGACCAGAUCCAAACUGUUAAUUUGAGGGACAAACGGGCAAAGAAAAAAAGAAGAAAAAAAGAAAAAAUAGCCAAUCUACAAGCUCAAAAAGACGUGUUUUAGCUUGUAGAUCGGCUAUUUUUAUAUGACAGUACAUGCAAUGUGGCCCCUCUGGAGUGAGAGUUGAAAUAUAGUGGCCCUCUCCAUCUUCAAAGUUGCCCACCCCUGCUUUAGCCACGGAAAUAUUUCUCAUGUUAUUUUAACAGACUUAAAAACACAUCAGCAGGAAAAAGACAUUGAGUUACAACUUAAAGCCAACUAUUAAGGGACUAUUUGAACACUAAUGGCUGCCAGUCAAAAUGUGGGACAGGGUCUCAAUAUGUUGGACGCUUGAAAAGUCUUGGAAAUGAGGGAGCUCCACACAA